UUGGACCAUUUGCUAUCUUCAAUCGUAUUGAAAAUUUCACUUUCUCGGAGGAUUGAGAUCAAAUUGAUUUAUUGCGGUGUUCAGUUACAUAUUAAACUCGAUUGAAAAUUUUGUUUCUUUUUUUAGUUUGUGUUUCAACUAUAUUUUUAUUCAUUUUGAAGCAAAUAAUUAAUCUUUCGUUUCAACUUUUUGAAAAAGUUUUGGUUCUAUUAAAUUUUUGAAGAUAAAUUGCAAAAAUUUCGCAAAACUUCGAAAAAUAGGACCACGUUUUAACAUUUGUUAAACAAUUUCAAAAAAUAGAUUCACGUUGUGGAAACUUUCAAAACUUUUGAAAUCCUCUGAGUAAACUCCUCAAAUUGCUGGAUACAAUAAUUAAAAUUUAUUUUCACUGAUUGAAAUGGACGAUUCGAAGGUCUAUUCACGCAUCAACUGGUUGAACCACGAUGACCCCAUGUUGCGUCAGCUGCGUCAAGGUCAACGAACUCUUCUGAACUCUAUCCGAAUCCAGCAGCAGCAACAACAGACGACCUUGACCUUGCAGGAGGGGGAGGGGGAAGAUGUUCACCCUGUUAUGCAGGUGUACUACCGGGUGGCGGAGUGGAUGGAGCGAGACAAGGAAUUUUACAAUCUCACUGAGCUCAUGCACUUCAUGGUUCCGCACCACAUCAAGGACAGUGAUGUGAUUCCGGAGCCCCUGGUGGCGGCAUUCUUGUCAGCCCUGCUGUUCAUGGGUCUUCUGGGCACAGUCCUUCUCCUGCUCACCCUCUGCUUCUACUUCACAUACUACCACCAGAGAUCACUGGCCAGAGAGUCCGAAAUAUAGCAGAUAGACUGUUGUUACUAGACACAAUUAUAACAGACUGCGCGGCUGGAUAAAAGCCUAUUAGAUUUUAAACUAUGAUUAAUAGAUUAGUUUUAACCUGCUAGGUUGACAAACUAUACAAACGUAUUAA